GCUGAGGAGCUGCACCGUUUUUUCUGAAAGCUGGAAGAGAGAUAUUUUUCCUCCCUCUUCCAGGAUGGUAGCCUGUUCGAGCUUCAGGAGCGUGUUCGAAUAUGAAACGAACAAAGUUGUGCGUAUUUACAGCGUUUGGUACAGCAGCGUAAAGUGGGCAAUCCACUUUCUGGUUUUCCUGUAUGUUAGCGUCAACACGUGCGAAGUCUCAGCUUGGUGUCCCGUGGAGUCGGCCAAAACCGCCCCAGCGCCAGCCAUUCUCGACAGCGCUGAGAAUUUCACCGUGCUUAUCAAAAACAACAUCCACUUUCCAAAAUUUGACUAUACAAAAAAAAAUAUUCCCCCGGAAUUUAAUAUUUCCUGUACAUACCACAAGCACAGAGCUCCACUUUGCCCCAUUUUUCGGCUGGGGGAUAUUCUUGAAGAGGCAGGAGAGAAGUUUUCAGAGAUGGCCAUUCAGGGUGGCGUGAUGGGCCUGCAGAUCCGAUGGGAUUGCGACUUGGACACUUCGGCUUCCCGCUGCGUGCCGAAGUAUUCCUUUCGGCGAAUUGACAACAAGGAUCCUGCUCAUUCCAUUUCCCCAGGAUUCAACUUCAGGUUUGCAAAAUACUACCGCACCGCCACCGGCGUUCAGUACCGGACAUUUGUAAAGGCUUAUGGGAUACGCUUCGACAUUAUGGUGUUUGGCACGGCUGGGAAAUUUGACAUCAUCCCUACUAUAAUCAGUAUUGGAUCCGGCUUCGCUCUGUUUGGCAUGGCCACCAUCUUCUGUGAUAUCAUUGUCCUGUAUAUUAUGAAGAAAAGAUACUUGUACAGAGAGAAGAAAUACAAACGCGUGAACGAGUACGAAUUGCUCCGUCCACAAUGCGAUGAUCCUUCACAAACGGAUCCUGCUCAUCUCACCCAGCCAAGAUGACCCGUGAUUCCUCCGUUCCGCCCGGCCUCCGUCCAGCUUUGCUUCUGUUGGUGGACUCCUGAACCAAACUGGAAAGCAAUCUUCUCCUGAAAACCUUCCAAUGCCUUUUUGAGCGCAGGGUCUGCCAAGCUUUUGAGUAGACCGAGAGUUUUGCAUCGGAUCUUUUAUGUGCCUCGCCCACCGUCCAGUUCUUUGGACAGAUGGGGUGCAGGCACAGAGGUGGUGGGACCAAGAAACUUCUUUGCUAUUUCUGGAAUUGCCGAUUUCUGAUCUGCUUCUCUUUGUUACGUAUCACGCGCCCACCCACUCAUUUGGAAAGGGUGGAAAGAAUCACUUUUCCAUGGUCAUCCCCUUUUUUUUAAGGGAUGCAAUUUGCAAUCUCUAUUUUUGAAAUUAAGCGGAGCUUGAGAAUGCCUGCUGGACUAGAAUUCCAACCUGGAGAUCCCCAGGAUGUUAAAUAAAUGCAACAUGCUGGCAUGUUCGUCUCUUCCCUCUCCAGCUUCUACUACUGAAUCCCUGCUGCCCUGUUUCUAAACACGGAAAUUUCAUAAGACAGAUGAAAAGAUAAUGGCACUUUCCCUCAAAAGUGCAAAAUAAUCUGUUUUGC